CAUAAGGAGCUCACCAGGAGCGCACGGGAGGAGCGCGAAACCACUGGACCAUUUUUUAAAGAAAAAUUAUUUUACAACCAAGUCACAGAUUAAUAUUGAUGCUUUCUCUCUGAAGGAAAUGUGACUAGCCUGUGGUUCUUAUUAGGAUGAGGAUGAGGAGUUGCUGGACUCUAUAAUAGAUCAGAUGAUUCUUCGGAGGGAGAACCCUCCAUGAGAUGUCCAAAUGCUAGCUGACCUCUGACCUUUGCACCAUGGACGCCCAUCUGCAGGCCAACCCUCAGCUUCACUAUGCAGUCAACGGGGGAGCUGGACGAAACUCCAGAGCCGGCGAAGAUGAUGCUCUGCGGUUUCUGAGCCAGGAGGAGCAGGAGUGCAUCCAGUUCUUCGAGGACACAAUUGUCUCAUUGGAGGAGAGUCUAAACGAGGACGAUCGGAGGGCCAGCCAGGUGAAGCCUGCUGCAAGCAGCCAAGGUUCUGUCGAGGGGGUCAGUGGACCCCCAACCUCGAGUCCUAAUCCUGGGGUCACUGUGUCCUCCAUCCUGGCAAGACCCCUGAGUCCCAAAGACCAGGAUAUUAUAGACCUGGUCCGCCCAGAACCAGAUUUGGUGCAGACCAAAGAGCCAAUCUUCUCUCCCAAUAGUCCAGAUUUUCAGACUAUGAUGCCAACCCCUGAAAGCCACUUCGAGAUAAAGCCAAGACGUGAAUCAAUGGACAACUUGCCUUCAGAGUACAACCCUCCCCUACCAAGCGGCAGCUAUGGGCCAACAGACAGCCACUCCUCCUACCACCCUCCAGGCUGUAUACCCACACCGGUCCUGAUUGCCCAGAAGAUAGCAGAGAACCAGGCAGGUGGAACCUCCAACCUUCUUCCCUCCUUACUCCGCCGUCGCAGCUUUGAGUCUGAAAACUCACCAAGCCACAGUGCAGAUCUUCCUGUGAAACAGGGUCCUCCUACCUCUGCUAAGCCCACCCGCUUCCCUGCUAACAUUAGUGUGAUCCUUGGCAGCAAGGAGCACCAGAACCAGUCUCUGGCUAAUGUGAACAUUCAGGAGAGACGGGCACAAAUGCUGGCAAACCUCACAGGAACAUUGCACCCUCUGCUGCCGGAGGAUCCUGAGCAGGAGCAGAAGACUCGAAAUAUUCCCACUCGCAGCAUUUCCUUCAGGGACCCCACACCAGACAAAUCCAGGAUGGAGGCCCUGUCUAAGCUGGGCCUAAACAGGAGCCGAGCCAUGUCUGGGGGUACGUCGCUCCUUCCUAACAACACCCCACUGGAUUCUCUCACAGGUGCAGAAACCAGUGCCAAGCCUUUGGAGGCCAGUGUUCUCCCAACAAUAGAAACCAGCACCAAAUUGCCAGAAGCCCACGUUACAACACCACCUGCGAGCCAGAUUCAUAUUGACAGAAAAACUGAGAUUCUGCAGACCAAUUCCCUCAGGAGCCAGGAAGCAAGAAACCCCCAACCAAGUCCCUCGCCUCCAGCAGUCGUGCAAAGGAGUUACUCUCCACCUCCUCUGGAAAACAAGGCGUCCCUGCCCCCUCCGCUUGAGGUCACCUCACUGGAAUUUAACAACUACGGAGGGAAAUCCAUCAUGGUCAACCCUUCUGUUUCCUCCAGGAACGAACCUGCAACCUCUCCAACUAGCCAUGAACCAAAAUUCCUCCCACCUGCACUGGCUAACCCCAGCGAGUUCAACAGCUAUGGAGGAAAGUCCAAAAUCAUGACCCCAGCACCUGUAGCCAUGACCAGGAAUGACCUUCCCGACAUCCUCAGCUCCCAUAUCGACAAGAGUCAAAGGUUGCCUGCUAAAUCAGAGCCACAACCCACCGGGCUUAACAAUUAUGGAGGAAAGAGCAGAACCAUCAACCCUUCCUCCGGGUUGAACCGCACUUCAGAAAGCCCAGCAAGGAGUUUCAAAGCUCCAGCCCCGGCUCCGGCCCCGAAACCUCCUCGGCACUCCUACCAUGGCUUUGGUGCUCCCAGUAAAGCAGCACAACGAGCCUUGUCCCCUGAUCACAAGCGGAAAACUGGCUCCAUGUUUCGUCCCCAGGGAAUCACCGUGCAGUUUUCUGGACGGGGGGCGACAGACGAAUCUCGCAGGGAGGCGCUGAAGAAACUAGGACUUUUGAAAGACUCUUGAUAACUCUGGAAAUUCUUCAACUUCCACUUGUCGUGCCUGAAUCUCUAGCGUGUACCUGCUGCUGGGGAUGGUAUGCUAGAGGAGUGUGAGGUGUGGUUGGAGAGAGGCAUAUUCUUACAGAGGAAUGGAGCCAGAUCCUGUGAUAGACCUGCACAGCCAGUUCUCAAUUCCUAGCCAUAAAAAAAAACUGACAAGUGUGGCACUGUGCAGCUACUACACACUCAACACUGUUUCCAGACAAAACAGAUAACUAAGCAAAUUGCUUAAUUUUUCCUCUGAUCCAAGACCUCAUAUACCUCUGCACAAGUUAUUGUGGGACAAACUGAUGCUGUAAGGAGAAGCAUCAAAUAAUGUGUUUUCUCAUUCUCACUUUUGUUUGCCACAAACAAGGCUGAUUGUAAAUAGACAGAUUUUUUAAGCUGGGCCCCAUUUCCUAAAAACAUCUUUUAAAAAAUUAUUGUGAACAAAUCCUGUAAAAGGAGCAACUGUUUCUAAUACAAACUUGAUACUCUGUCAAAUGUUUUCAACAGCAGGAUUGAGUCUAAGUCAAGUAUAAUCGGACUAAGAACAUUUUUGCCUUAAGAUGCUUUUUGGAAAGGGCACCCAGAUUUAAGGUUAAACUGAUUUUACUGGGAUUUUAUAUUUUAUUUCUAUGUCGAAAGGCUGGAUCCUCAGCUGGGCAAAGCAGGCAUUUGUUUAGUUAUAUGCUAAAGAACAACAUAAACUGACAUGAAAAAGGCUUUAAAUUGACUCUUUAAAUUGAGGCAUUCUUGUGUGGUGGGGCCCUGUGUCAAAAUCUAAUUUGAUAGCAUUGGUAAUUGUGUUUUUAAAUAAAUUAGUUCUGACAAACUUUGGGCAUAUUUGUAGCAGAACAGGAUCAUUUCUGGGGCUCUAGGAACUAUAUGGCAUAUGUGUGGCCAAGGAACACACAGGAAAAUUGGGGGCCCAUAGCUAAAUUUUGCCCCAGGGCCUCCCUAACAGAUUAAUUUGGCCCUGGUGAAAAUAUAUAGAAAUUAUAUCCAUUUGCUAUAGUGCAAACAUAGCAUAGACAAAAUGCAAAUGAGCGGCUAAUUCUGCACAGAGUGAUUUGGGUUAAAUUACAUAGUAUGGCUGAAAAUUGUAUUUUAAGACUUUAAAAAACAUUUUAGAAACAACAAACCCUCACCACAUACUCAGAAAAUUCCUCCUGACUUUUGUUCCUAUAUCCACUUUAAGUUAUAUUAUUUGUUUUAUGGUGUCAGCAAAUACACAGGCUGUGAAGUCUUUAUCACCCCUGUUACAUUGGAACCUUUUGUGUUUUCACUGGUUUUCUGACUUUAAGCAUUUUAGUCAGCAGUGUGUGUGUGCAUGUGUGUUUUUUUUCUGUCAAGGCUUUGGGGCAAGAACAAAAUUGAAAGCACUUUUCUCAAGAGCAAUUGUAUUACUUCUGAAUGACCCAAACUAUAUUGUAAAGGUUAUAAAGAGAAGUGUGUUGAUGUCCUGGACUUAUGAUGGUGCAAAAGUCAAAGCGAGAAAGGAGCAGGGUUUUCGUGGAAGAUGUAAAGCUGAGCUGAGCUGAGCUGGAGGAUAUUUUUACUCCGUGGACCAAACCUCCCACACCAAACCACAGACUGUGGAAUGGGUUUGUGGCCAGGACUUUUACUUUUUGACUAUGCAGAGGGAGUACUUUUAAAACUGCUCUUUAGGGAUGGGCGAGCACAUGGCAUUGUACAAAAACACAAGCACUAAAACCACAGUCUAGAAAUACAUCCUGGGUUAUUGAUGUGUUUUUAUUCCAGUCGAGCUGUUGUCAAUAACUUUUCUGUUUCUGACGUUUGCAAGUGUUGUAAGUUAUUUAACUGUUGUAGCAGCAUAAGCAUGAAUGUGUGCACAUGUGUGUGUGUGUGUGUGUGUCUGUGCAUGUAUGUUUUCUGUGUUUAAGACUCCGGCCUCCUCUGUAGUUCACCUACAGUAACUAUUGAAGAAUAUUUUGUUUCACACAGAGGUACUGUACUCCUGUGUGAAUAUGUUUUUUGUGAAUUUUGUUUACAGACUCCGGUUCUCUGUAGUCCAGCUACAGUCAUUUUUGAAGUAUCUAAUGGUGCAUACAUACAGAAUAUAACUACAUUUACUUAAAAAGGAAACUUUUACAGCUCUGCACAGAACAUGGAUAAAAAGUGCAUCCAUGUGUGGGGAAUGGGAAGAUCAGUGUCUAUGUGGAAAUUGCUGCUAUGGUACAACAGCCUGGUCUACUUUCUGACUUUCUGAAAUGUCCACAUUAUAUAUUGUAUAUACCCAAAGCUUAAUGUAUCUAAUGUUGAAUUUUUGCCAAUCAUUAAACAGAAUAGUAAAACUUUUA